AGCAGUACCAACGAGCUCGCUUAUUCUUGUGUGCGCAGUGCCUCUGCGCUGGUGUGUUGGCAUUAAAAAAAGCACCAGUCUGCCACAAAAAAAGACUUGCAGACAACUUUGAUGGUGUAGGUUUGGUUUCAGGAAAGCUUAUCCCUUCAGGGGAGAGCCAAUAACUUGUAUAUGCAUGCGUUGCAGUAAUAUUUGCAGAGUUCUCUGGACACAGGUGGCUUCUGAUCUCUUUGAUCAAAGCUGCUUGGGGUGGGGGAAGAGGAGAAGGAACAUACGCGGCUGGUGGCUUGAAAUGGCUGUGUCUGAUUGCACUCGUCUUGGUCCUCCUCUCUGCGUGUUCCUUCUAGUUGCAGUCGGCAAAAGAAUAGGCUUUUCUGCAACUUUUAGGUUUCCUAACUAGAUUUUUCAGCUGAUGUUUGUAGCAGGUGGAGUAGCAUUCUUGAAGACCAAAGCUGUCUAAGUUAGCUUUAUGCCUGGAAGCUGCUUCUGAGAAACUUAAACCACUGAAGUGGGAGUUGCUUGUUAACUAAGUAAUUAACUAAAUGGAAAAAACAUUGCAUUUUAAACCUGAUUUGCAUGCAGCAAUUGUAAUUUCAUGCUGUUUAUGUUCUGGAGAAUGCUUAAUGCUACAGUGUUUGGAGUUCUUAAUUGAACACAUUGCUUACUUGCUUCAGAAGCCUCUCAGUCGCUGUCACUGCACAAAACAUCUCUGGCCUUUUAGCAAAAGUUACAGCUUGUUGCUGUUGGAGAGUAAAGCAAUCUGACUAUAAAUAAAUGAACAAACCUUGAGAAGCCAGAGGACUUCUGGAGUUUAUUAUCAAGUAACUGGACAGUCCAAAGCCACAUAACUAUUGCAGGCCUUGACAUGGCAGAACUAUUUCAUGCCUGACUAUCAAUAAACAAAGUAGCGUGUUCUGGGCCUUUAAUCUGUUGAAAACCAUCCCAUUAAGUCCUAUCCAAGGGAAGGAAUGUCUUCUGGUUUCGUGCUUCUGACUUGUUCCCUUUCCUUCCCCCUCCCCUUAAUAGCCUUAACUGCAGUUGUAGAUUGUCCUCAGUGGGAGAACAAAUUUUCUAAACAAUCCUGGAGAGAAUUCUGCAGAAUAUGAACUGAGAUAAAAGAUGUAAUGCAUUAUAGCUUGACAGAGGACAUGGAGUCCCUAAGUGUCUCCAAGUGGUGAAGGAAGUACUCUUUCAAAAUCGGCCCUCCUGACCCCUAUUCCCAAAGGGCUCCUAAAGAAUUGGAUUUGUUUGUCCAGGGUUGCUCAGUCUCCUAAACAUGGCUGGGAGUACGUAAUCCAUCUGUUACAUUUGGCCACGCUUCCCGCUUGGCUACAUGGCACAGAAACAUUAAGUAUUCCAGCUUGGCUUAUAAAUGCAAUUUGGACACACUUUGUCCAGCAGCACCACCAGUAUAGUGCUGGUACAUUUUCUCCAAGCGCUUCCUCUACUGAGAGGUAGUAGACAGAUCACUGAAUUACAGCUACCUAGCAGAGAGAGAACUGAUCCCGUGUCCAGUUGCCGUGUACAUAACCAAUUUCAUGUGUUUUACCUUCAAGUUACAAGAACUGAAGCUAACGAGCGUGCUGGGAAACAGAAUUUCCAUGGGAAAAUUGCUAGGAAGACUUUCCUGCAAACAGUAAUUGCCAAUGGCUUUUCUUAAGCAUUCCUGUUGCCCUGAACUGGCGUCUGGAGCUAGCUGAGCUUCAGGAAAAUAACACUUUUCUUGCAGAAGUGGGGAAUUACCGGCUUGGAAUGCAGUCUGAGCACCAGCUCUGCUGUGGAACUGGCAACGAUAGCCGCUUGAUAACCCUUUGGUUACGCUGCAAACACACCCUCAAGCUAUACACACUGAGAAGUAGCUCUAUAAUCUGGCGUGCUGGUAUCUUGACUAAGCAGGAACUCCAGCAGCUUAGCAAGCAAUACAGCAAUAUCAAGCUCCUCCAACUGGAUGUGGUCUGUGAAAACAGCAUCAAGAAAGUAGUCAAGGAAGUGGAAGAAAUUGUGGGAGACAAAGGUCUGAACUGUCUCAUUAACAACGCUGGCAUCAAUGUGCUUGCUUCCUUGGAAGAAGUCACAGCAGAGUCAAUGCUCACCAUCUAUGAAACCAAUACAGUUGCCCAGCUGAUGGUCACCAAGGCGUUUCUACCCCUUCUGAGGAAGGCAGCCCAGCUGAGCACAGGAAUGGGCUGCCACAGAGCUGCCAUUAUCAAUAUGUCCUCUCUUGCUGCCUCCAUGCAACUCGUCCAGGCGAAUGAGAUGUUCCUCAAGGUCUACCCCUACAGGAUAGCAAAGACUGCACUGAACAUGAUCACCAGGUGUCUUGCUGCAGACUUGAAAGCAGAUGGAAUUCUCUGUAUUUCUUUGCAUCCAGGCUGGCUUCAGACAGACAUGGGUGGAAACAUGGCUCCCAUGCAGGUGCAAGAGGCUAUCCCAGGUAUUCUCUCCGUGCUGGAGCAUCUUGGUGAAAAAGAAAACGGUUCCUUCCUGGACUGGCAAGGGGAAACUCUACCGUGGUAAAGUGCACAGUAUGCUACAGAAGCAGCAUGUCAGUCACUAUUUAACAUGUGCCACUAAUGUCUGUAUCUCUAGGGUUUUCUUACGUGCCAGUUGAAAUAGCCAGUCUGACAUCCAGCCUCUCUCUAGGAAAGUGAGGUGGCUGACUCUCUUACUUGGUAUUGCUACUGCUCUGCUCCAAUGCUUCCUGCAAAUACUACUGUGCUCUUUAGUGAUGGGUACCUCCUGGGACCAUCAGAAAUAAAUUUAAAAGCAGCAAGUUAAAUCUAGGGGCUGGUUCCUCUUCACUUCCAAAAUCAAAGUGGGCCUCUCGCGCUUUGACCUCAGAGUAACUCCAAGGUAGGCUGUCAGAUUCCAGUAUGGUCAGUUGGCUGGAGACAUGUCUCUGGAAAAGGUCCUUUGGUUUCCUUCAGUCCUAACUGAGCCAAGGCUGAAACUGCCCAGCUCUAAACUACAUGAAUUUCAUACUUCUGCAAAUUCCUCAGCAACCUCUGAGUGUCCCCAGGUUGACAGCACACAGCAGGCACUUGCUUUGUUCCCCGUGGGUGACUAACAUCCUGAUAUGGGGGUGGGAAUGUUGUU